AUGCGUCUUCCAAUUCUCCUUCUGACUCUUGCUGUCAUGGCCACUGCCAUGAUGGUACCAUCUACUGCCACCAUCUACUGGAAGCAUCCAGUUAGAGAUGCAAACCAAGAAGUCAAGUAUCAAUUGAAGCUUAUCACUGACGCACUCAACAACAAGGAUAUCGAGUUGUUCGAGAAGCUAGUGAAUGUCUUUGAUGGAUAUGCGGAACCGAUCCUCGGGGUGUACGCUUCUGAAGCUGGAUAUAUUGUCUACGCGAGUAAAACCGCAGAAGGAGGUCUCUACGCUAUGGGAAGAUUGGUGAGCCUUCCUGACAGGUUCACUUUUAAGUGGGAGUUGAACGCUGAGAGUCCAAGUGGCUACAAGUUGGUCGAGUGCCGUGAAUUAUUUUAA